GAUACGAGCAAGAAGUAAACAAUCGACGCAGCGAGGGUCGCAGAAAAAAUAGCACCAUGUGUUGCAGGUAAAACUACACAACCAAAGGACAUUUAUGACUAUUUGUUCGAAUCUUCAAUUGUCGAUCUUUGUAUUACCAGAGUUAAAACAUCGCAAAUUCGCCCACUGAGUACAAUCAUGUCACGGUCACCACAAGCAGAAUCCAUCUCGCAACAAGCAUCGUCAACGGAAAUGUCGCACUACCAGGUGCUUCAAGUUGCACCGAAUGCGUCACUCGAAGAAAUUCGCAAAGCGUACCAGUCUUUAGCGCUUCGAUUGCAUCCAGAUAAGGCACGGCACGCCGACGACACCAUCGAUGAGGAAGGAGUCAUCGUUGAUUUCGUCCGCAUCGACGAAGCGUGGAAGGUGCUUAGAGAUGUUGAAUCCAGACGGGUUUACGAUGCCGAACUUAUGCAGCACACAUGCCGGGAGGAAUAUUUCGUCAACGAAAUUCUUACCGAAAAAGAUUUUACGUAUGAUCCUACAGAAGGCUAUCGCUAUCAUACGUGCCGGUGUGGCGGUCUGUAUAUACUGCCAGAGGAGGAACUCGCCAGUGAGGAAAGUUGUUACCUUUCCUGUGACGAGUGCUCACUGGUGGUGCAGGUGGAUGUUGUUUGAGUGGGAGUUAUAAAAUUGUUGGUUGAACCAUUGGUCAAUGGUUAUACAACAAAGAAUGACAAAAUAAUUUUAUUUACUAUGGUACCUAUAAAAGCAUA